GGGAAAUUUGGCAAAUGCACCAUUUGUAUUUGGCAUGUUUUCUGUAUGUAGCUGAGGCUCUAUUGCUUAAAACGACGUCGUUAAGAUGGGGAAACGCCAAUACUUCAUGCUAUGGAGAUAAAAACCAAAAAUUGCCACUGAAAAUCACUGAACAAAAUUUUAUCUUCUUUCUGGGUAUGGCAGACGAUGUCCACAAGAUCAUCCACCCUUAUUCAUCUUUAUCCUUGAAACUGAAGCUUCCCAGUUCCCAGUUUCCCUCCAUGCAUGGCUUCCUUCCUUCCUGCCCAAAGUCCAAUAACAUUCGGCACUCAAUGUGAAACAGUGAACCCUUCCAAAUUUACAGCACCCCAGAUUGUGAAAUUGCAAGAAGUACAUUCACAAUCUUCAAUUCAUUAUGCAUCUUGUCUCAGUCAAAUCUCAUCGCUUUGUAAAGAUGGCCAACUUCAAGAAGCUGCGGACUUGCUCACGGAAAUGGAGCUCAAAAAUCUCAAUGUUGGGCCGGAUAUAUAUGGAGAGCUCUUACAAGGAUGCGUUUAUGGCAGAGAUUUGUCGUUGGGUCAGCAAUUUCAUUCUAGAAUUAUCAAACUAGGCGAACCCUUCUCUAAGAAUGAUUUUAUUGAAACAAAGCUGUUAAUAUUGUAUGCAAAAUGUGAUCUUGUUAGUACCUCGUGUCAUCUGUUCUGCAGACUUGGGGAAAAGAAUGUGUUUUCCUGGGCUGCAAUUAUUGGAUUGUAUAGUAGACUUGGAAGGAGUGAGGAUGCCUUGUUAGCUUUUGUUGAUAUGCAUGAGGAUGGAAUCUUGGGUGAUAAUUUUGUUGUUCCCAAUGUCUUGAAAGCUUGUGGUUCCCUGAAGUGUAUUGAAUUUGGGAGAGUUGUUCAUGGUUAUUUGAUCAAAUUAGGUCUUAAUGAAUGUGUUUUUGUUAGUAGUAGCCUUGUUGAUAUGUAUGGGAAAUGUGCUGUUUUGGUUGAUGCAAGAAAGGUUUUUGAUGGUAUGGCUGAGAGAAAUGUAGUUGCCUGGAAUUCAAUGAUAGUGAGCUACGUGCAAAAUGGGUUCAAUCAGGAAGCAAUUGAACUCUUCUAUGAUAUGCGAGUUGGAGAUAUUGAACCUACUCGUGUUACAGUGUCGAGCUUUCUCUCUGCUUCAGCCAAUUUAUGUGCUGUUGAAGAGGGAAAGCAAGGUCAUGCACUCGCGAUUUUGAAUGGGCUACCUCUGGACAUUAUUUUGGGGAGCUCUGUAGUGAAUUUUUAUGCUAAGGUAGGUCUUUUUGAGGAUGCUGAGAGAGUGUUUCAUCGGAUAGUUGAGAAAGAUGUGGUAACUUGGAACUUGUUGAUAUCUUCUUACCUACAGUAUGGUUUCCCAGAUUAUGCCCUGAGUUUGUGCCGUCAAAUGAGAAUUGAAGGCUUUAUGUUUGACUCCAUCACUCUGUCAUCAAUAUUAACCACUUCGGCUGAUAUGAGGGACGUAAGGCUUGGUAAAGAGGGCCAUUGUUAUUGUAUCAGAAAUCAUUUUGACCCGGAUGUGGUUGUGGCGAGUAGUAUAGUGGAUAUGUAUGCCAAAUGUGAAAGGAUUCAAGAUGCAAGACGAGUUUUUGACUCAACUGCUGGGAAAGAUACGGUCCUAUGGAAUACCAUGUUAAGCGCUUAUGCUGAACUGGGAUUAGCUGGUGAGACAAUGAAGCUCUUUUAUCAGAUGCAGUUGGAUGAGGUGCCGCAAAAUGUGGUAUCCAGGAACCUGAUUUUACUAGGGUUCUUGAGAAAUGGCCAGGUUAGUGAGGCUAUAGAUAUGUUCUCGGAAAUGGUGGCAAUUGGUGUAGAGCCUAACCUAGUUACUUACACAACUUUAAUCAGUGGUCUAUCGCAAAAUGGUCAUGGCCAUGAGGCAAUUAUGAUGCUUCAGCAAAUGCUAAGAGCUGGAUUUCUACCUAAUGUGUUGAGUCUGUGUAGUGCUCUCUCAGCGUGUGCAGAUAUUGCAUCACUACGGUAUGGAAGAGCUAUUCAUGGAUAUUUUAUAAGACGAAACCUUCCAUUUUCUGUUUCUAUCACUACUGCUUUAGUAGACAUGUACUCUAAAUGUGGAAGCCUAAGACAAGCAAAGCACAUAUUUGAUAUAACUCCUUCCAAGGAAUUGCCUUCAUAUAAUGUGAUGAUAUCUGCGUAUGCAUUACAUGGGAACACAAAGGAUGCACUUGCGUUGUACAAACGUUUACAGGAUGAAGGUAUAAAACCAGACAGCAUAACCUACACAAAAGUUCUUUCAUCCUGCAGUCAUGGUGGACUGGUGCAUGAAGCUUUUAAGAUAAUCCAUGAUAUGGUCACAUUGUACAGUUUGAGGCCAACUAUUGAACAUUAUGGAUGUAUAAUUACACUUCUUUCUCGUCUUGGAAAUUUGCAAGAAGUCCUGGAGCUUAUUCAGACUCUGCCAAUCAAGCCUGAUUCCCAUAUAUGGGUUUCACUACUUGCUGCCUGUCGAGAACUUAAUGAGACUCAACUCGGAGAAACUAUAUCCAACUAUCUGAUAUCCACAGAACCAGCUAAUGCAGGAAGCUAUGUGACAGUUUCAAAUGCAUAUGCAACCGUGGGAAGAUGGAGCGAAGUACUUAAAUCAAGGGAUCUAAUGAAACAGAAAGGCAUCAGAAAGAGCCCUGGUUGCAGUUGGAUUCAAAUUGGUGCAGAGCUUCAUGUUUUUGUUGCGAGAGACAUAGCUCAUCCAGAUUCUGAGAAAAUAUAUUCAAUGCUGGCUUUACUGGAAAUGGACAUACGGCAAAGGUUGUGUUUUCCCUUCCUUUAGCCCUUUAGUAUAAACGGUAAGCUCACAUAUUCGGCCACCUGAGUAGAAGACAGUGUCGGUAUUUCUAAUUUUGGUGAGCCAGCAACCUUCAUACUGCAAGUGAAUUGGUUAACUGUAAGCCGUGUGUAUCUAUAGCGUAGGAACCAUUUGGAAUCCUUGUACAUUCGAAAAGAGUGUAGCUUUGAAACGAAAUAAUGACAAUAAACACAUGGGGCUGAUGAUUUGAUCAGUCAUUACCGAUUUCA